GCCACGGUCGCCUGCCUUAAAAAGCUGCACCGCGCGCCCCGCUCCCAGGGCCCAGCGCCAAGAGGUCCGGGCCGUGAUUACUUUCCUACGCGAGUCCGCGCGCGGGCGCCCCUCGGACAGGAACGCCGGCCCGCGCCCGGGGACCGAUGCCCAGGCUGGACGACCACUGCUGGAGCUGUUCCUGUGCUCAGAGCGCCAGGCACCGAAGUCUCCCGCGAGCCGGGCCCGGGGGGCUGGCGGCCAAAGUGGGAGACAUGCUCAGCCCCGCGGCGCUGGCGGCCCGCCGCGGCCCGGACCCGCACCCCGCGCCCGCUCGCGGGCCUCGGAGCGCCGGGCCGGGGGGGCGCGGCGCUGGCGGCGGCCCCCCCGGCAGCUGGCACCACCACCUGGUGCAGAGGAGCCUGGUGCUGUUCUCGGUGGGGGUGGUGCUGGCCCUGGUGCUCAACCUGCUGCAGGUGCAGCGGAACGUCACCCUGUUCCCCGAGGAGGUCAUCGCCACCAUCUUCUCCUCGGCCUGGUGGGUGCCCCCCUGCUGUGGGACGGCGGCCGCUGUCGUCGGCUUGCUCUACCCCUGCAUCGACAGUCACCUUGGGGAGCCGCACAAGUUUAAGAGAGAGUGGGCCAGCGUGAUGCGCUGCGUAGCGGUUUUCGUUGGCAUCAACCACGCCAGUGCUAAACUGGAUUUUGCCAAUAACGUGCAGCUCUCCUUGACCUUGGCGGCCCUGUCCCUGGGCCUGUGGUGGACAUUCGACCGGUCGAGAAGUGGCCUCGGUCUUGGGAUCACCAUCGCCUUCCUGGCCACUCUGAUCACGCAGCUGCUGGUGUACAACGGCGUGUACCAGUACACGUCCCCCGAUUUCCUCUACAUCCGCUCCUGGCUGCCGUGUAUAUUCUUCUCCGGAGGGGUCACCGUAGGCAACAUCGGACGGCAGCUGGCUAUGGGUGUUCCUGAGAAGCCACACAGCGACUGAGUCUCGGGAGCCGCUGAAGAGCACGGUUUGGGAAGAAGACUGUGACCUUGGACUGUGACAGAGAUGAUCUUUCUCCUUCGUGAUCUGCUUAGACUGGGUGACUGCACCCGUGACGCCCGGAAAAAGAUGCCCCCCCCAAUCCGGAGCGGCAGGCGAGGGGACCCGCCUGUUUGCACUCCGGGGGUCCCACCCUGGCGGGGGCGGGGCCUCAGGCAGGCACCGCACCCUGAGUAUUCAAAAUCAUUUAUGUUAUUAAAAGCAAGUUGCCAUAUUUCAAAGCCUUGAACUAAAGCCUAAUUACCAGCUCUUGGUUUUGUACCCGUGCCCACAAGGGAUGGCUUGAUGGUGCUGUAACAAAGGGGAAGUGUGGUCGAAUAGGAAUCGUAUGGAUCCAAGAGGUUUGUUUUUAAAUAGGGUUGUGUAAAAAGAAGCAGCCGUGAGCAGCGGGAGGCCGGCUCCUGCGGUCGGGGCGCGGCAACCCCUCGCGCCCUCGUCCCCCGGCGGAGCCCCGUGUAGACAAUCUCACCGGGCGCAGAAGGCAGCGAAGGCCAUGGCUCUCCACUGUGAACUCCGGAAUUCUCACCUCAGUAUUCGCGAAGUUUCUUCCAAAAUCCACAGUCCUCUAAGAGGGAACGCCUGUCUGCCGCGCAUUCUGGGCUUGGCCAGAAUUGUCGUUCCCGUAACCCUCCAGAGUAGAGAUGACGAUGUUCCGCAGCCCUAUGGAAUCUGCAAUCUGUGAUUGCCUUGUAAAAAGAAGCGCGCACACAUCACCACGUUGAACAUUCGGGGUUUCUAAAUCCUCAAAGAUCUUGGUGAGCACAAUGUCUUCACUCAGUGGCAUAGACCGUGGUCGACCCGCUUGGCGAAGGUUGGGUCUCACACUUCAAGUGCAAUGUUUCUGAAAACCAAUCUGAGCCUUGCAUUCUCUUAAAUAUUUAUUUUUUUUUUAAACGUACGAGAUGUUAAAGAGGGAUUCUCCAUUCAUUUCAGUGCUGCACGGAGGCGAAAUUCAGCAAUAAUUUCUUUCAGUUACGAAGUUACUCUGGUGUACCCUCCACUGAGCCCUGGUCCUUUGAAAAUACUCCAGUUUCGUGCUGUUUAGUAGACCAGUAAUUUUUACUUACAAAUUUACCUUUUUGGUAUUUUGAAAUUUAAGUGUUUUUGUUUUAAGUUUUUGUGAAGUGAUUUCAAGAGACUCCUUUUGACUGGACGCGGGUGCCCUUGGCUUCGUUCGCGCGAUGUUCCUGUUGUGGUUCUUCUGUUCUGAGAAAAAUACCUGGGAGUAAAUUUUAGGUGGCUGUGUUGCUGAUUCGUUUUCAAGGAAUUUUGUCUAAGAGAAAACGGGGCCAUUCCGCACUUUGAGAUGACCCCUACACGUUUUCUGAAAAACCCGAAGUUAUUAGGUGGAAGCAGUAAUUGAAUCUUUAAAACAUACUUGAUCAUGUACAAACAGUAAGUAUUUUUAUUCCUUUUCAACUGGAAGUAAAUCUCCAUCUGUUAGAAAUAAUGUAGCCAAAAAAAAACAAUGUGAAUCUGAAGAAUUUUUUUUGCCAAUACUUUAUAGCAAGUAUAUGAACCAAAGUGAUUUGAGUUUGUAAAAAUGUAAAAUACUAUGAACAAAAUUUGCACUAUCUGAGAUACAGACAUCUAGUGAGGUUCACAUUCACACUAAGUUUUCAGCAUUGUGUUCUUUUUCCAUUCAUUUUUUUACUUUUAUUAAAGGUUCAAAACCAAC